CGUAAGGAGCAUAGUAUUUCAACAUAAGACUGAAAAUUUUCUAUUACCCCUCACAAUAUGGGGACAAUUAGUUUUAGUCUAAGUGUUAUUUUAUUAAUUUCCGUUUUAUGGGAGCCGGCGUUGGCGGAUAAAUGCUCGUUGGCGUGCAAAGGAUCACCUGCCGGCCCAACCUUUCAAGCUGGGCAGACGUAUAAUUAUGGAGUCGAAGGGUCGGUCACGAUUUUUCUGUCUGGCGCUGACAACCAGGAGACCGGCGUCAAGCUUUUAGGUCAGGUUUCAGUGACAGCACUGGAUAACUGCAACUACCAGUUGGAUGUGCAAAAGCUGAGCGUCUCUGGGCCUGAUGGAAAGAAAUACGAGAGCCCACCCGGUAUCAAAAAGCCGGUCAAGUUCGGUUACCAAGACGGCAAGAUCCAGCCACAGAUUUGCGCGGAAGAAGACGACACACGCCAAUCGUUGAACAUUAAAAGAGCCAUCAUCUCGUUGCUGCAGAAUGAACAAAAACCAUCGACACAGGUGGACGUGUUUGGUAUUUGUCCUACUGAAGUGUCGACCUCACACGAAGGCGGAGCAGUUAUUGUGCACCGCAGCCGCGACCUGUCCCGGUGCUCCCAUCGAGAACAGGGAAAAUCCGACAUCAUAAUUUCCAACGUCAAUCCUAAUGCCGGCGUCAAGGAUAUGCAAGUCCUUCAGUCGACGCUGAAUGUAGAGUCCAAGGUUAUUAACGGUGUACCAGAGAAGGUGGCUGCCACUGAAGAGUAUCUUUACAAGCCUUUCUCCAUUGGAGAGAACGGAGCUAGAGCUAAAGUUCAUACCAAGUUAACUUUAACUGGCAAAGGAAAAGCUGUCGCUCCUUCGAGCAAAUGCACUGACGUUAACAGCAUUAUCUUCGAGAACCCUCACAAUGGAGAGAAAGUCCCUAAGAACGACCACGCUUGUCUCGGAGCAGUUAAAGAAGUUGCCAAGAGCGUUACCAAUAACGUCGGAGCAAACUCAGCAUCGAGUUUCGCUCAAUUAGUCAGAAUAUUGCGUAGAACCGAAAAGGAAGAUCUGGUGAAAGUUUUCAACCAAGUCAAAGGGAAUACUUUAGAAAAACGCGUGUUCCUCGAUGCCCUACUCCGCGCUGGUACCGGCGACAGCAUUGAAGCAUCCAUCCUGAUUCUGAAGACUAGACAGCUGUCGCAACUAGAACAGCAGCUGGUCUUCUUGUCUCUCGGGAACGCAAGACACGUCAACAACGAUGCCCUAAAAGCUGCUGCGGGUCUUUUGGAUCUACCGAACUUACCAAAAGACGUCUACCUUGGUGCUGGAGCUCUCGCUGGUGCUUACUGCCGUGAACAUGAAUGCCAUAGCUCGAAGGCUGACGGAGUAGUGGCUAUUAGCCAGAAAUUCGGAUCCAAGCUCCAUUGCAAGCCUAAGACUAAAACAGAAGAAGAUACAGUCGUGGCUGUGCUUAAAGGUAUCCGCAAUAUUAGACACUUGGAGAACUCUUUGAUUGAGAAGCUGGUACGGUGUGUCAAUGACAACAAUGUCAAACCAAGGAUUCGGGCUGCGGUCCUCGAAGCGUUCCAUGCUGACCCUUGCAGUCCAAAGGUCAAAAAAAUUUCUCUGGACAUUUUGAAGAACCGUCAACUCGACUCAGAGAUUCGUAUCAAGGCUUAUUUGGCUGUGAUCGAGUGUCCUUGCGGCCAUUCAGCUAACGAGAUCAAGAACUUGCUUGACAACGAGCCAGUCCACCAAGUUGGUAAUUUUAUUUCGUCGUCACUCCGUCACAUCAGAUCCUCGGCUAAUCCUGACAAACGCCUUGCACGCGAGCACUACGGUCUCAUCCGUACUCCAAAGAAGUUCAACUCUGAUGACAGAAAAUACUCCUUUUACCGGGAGAUGUCGUAUAACAUAGACGCUCUUGGUGCCGGUGGAAGCGUCGACGAAACAGUAAUAUACUCCCAAGACUCGUACCUACCAAGAUCAGUCAACUUUAACUUAACAGUUUCGUUAUUCGGUCACGACUUCAAUGUUUUGGAGUUUGGAGGUCGCCAAGGUAACUUGGACCGCGUUCUUGAACAUUUCUUGGGUCCCAAGAGCUUCCUGCGUACGGAAAGCCCUCAAGCUAUUUACGAUAGUCUGGUCAAGAGGUUCGAAGAAGCUAAGAAGAAGGUGGAAGAUGGACUAACGAGAGGACGUAGAUCUGUCAAGACGGAAAUUGAUUCGUUUGACAAAAACCUCAAAGCGGAAGCAGCUCCAUACAACAAUGAGUUGGAUCUGGACAUUUUCGUGAAACUCUUCGGUACUGACGCCGUCUUCCUAUCCUUCGGUGACGACAAAGGAUUCGACUUCAACAAGAUCCUGGAUGAUAUCCUUGGCACCUGUAGCAGUGGUAUUAACAAGCUGAAACAUUUCCAGACUGAUUUCCGGACUCAUCUCUUAUUCCUCGACGCUGAACUAGCAUACCCAACUUCAACUGGUCUUCCUCUCCACCUCAACUUGGUUGGUUCGGCCACUGCCAAAUUAGAUCUGGCCACUAACAUCGAUGUACGUCAAAUCAUAUACUCCCCACAAAACGCCAAAAUUGACGUCAAAUUCAUUCCUAGCACUGACCUAGAGAUCGCAGGAGCGUUUUUGGUAGACGCUUACGCUGUCACUACUGGACUAAAAGUUUCAACUACAUUGCGUUCUUCAACUGGAGUCCAUGUCAUAGCUAAAGUUUUGGAAAAUGGUCGUGGAUUCGAUUUGCAACUGGCCCUGCCUGUCGAUAAGCAAGAGCUUCUAGUUGCCUCCAACGAUCUGCUUUACGUAACCGCCGAGAGGGGACAGAACGAGAAAUAUGUUCCUAUUAAAAUAGGAACAGCCCCGAAGGAAUAUCCAGCCUGUUUCGAUCAACUUUCAAGCGUUCUUGGACUCACACUUUGCACUGAAUUCACAACACCAUUCGCUAUUUCAAAAGAUAAACGAGGCCCUAGCGACGACUCCAUCACACAGUUCCUGGCUCGGUUCCCGCUUUCCGGUUCUGCUAAGGUUAAGGUGGUCUUAGAGAAGAAUGAUCUUCGUGGAUAUCACAUCAAGGGUGUCGUAAGAGAAGACAAAGGCGCUGGUAAACGCAGCUUCGAAUUGCUUUUCGAUGCCGAAGGAUCUCGAAAUCGUCGCACACAAUUAACCGGAGAGGUAGUCUACAACGACCACGAGGUUGGCCUGCAAAUAGCUCUAGACUCACCAAUUAAGGUCCUGCAUGCUCAAAUCUCGGCUUACAACAAGCCCAACGAGAUGGUCGCCUUAGUUAAGGCCAAAAUCGAUAAUCUGGAGUACUACGCUAAGGCCGGAUUCGCUGUUCAAGGCAAUGCCCAACGCAGCAUCUACAAACCAAUUUUAGAGUACCAAUUGGCAGAAGAUGGAGGUAAAAAGCAUGAGAUCAAAGUUGAUGGUCAAAUGGUCAAGGAAUCCAACGGGCAAAUCACUCGGUACAGCUUAGAAGGAGUACAGAUUAAUCUACCGAAUACUGAGGAGCCUUUACAGAUAACUGGUCAUGCAGCCAACCAGCCUCAGACAAGGGAAUUCGACUUUGAUGUAGCUGUUAAGAAUUUCGCGUCUCUCAAAGGUGGAGUUAAGGGAACUAAUGUCAAUCUGGAGUUUGAGAACAAACUAAAUCCCGUCAUCAACUUCAAGCUCAAAGGAAUUUUCGAGUUUACCGAUACGAUUCACAACGAAAUUGACUUGCAAUACGGACCAAACUUUAAAGACCCCAACUCGAGGAUAUUCUUAUCUCAGCUGCUGAAGUACCACAUUAAAUCAGCUGAAGACUUCAAUAUUAUCACCAAAAAUAAGUUUGAAAUCCGCGCUAUUCCAUUCAAGAUUGUAGCCGAAGCAGAUAUAGACCCUAAAAAAGUGAUUGUGGAAAUAGGGGGACAAGUCGAGCAGAGAAGCGCUGCGUUCGAACUUGAAGCUAGAACUCAAAUAGAGAAACCAGGAGAUUACAGUGUAAAAAUUAAAGGAAAUAUCGACAAAUUCUGUGUCGAGGUUUUAGCCAAAAGAAAUAUACUAAAUGCUGAUAAAUCCAACCUAGAAAACUACGUUGAUAUAAAAGGUUAUGGAAGAUACGAACUUUCCGGUGUGCUUUUGCAUAAGAAUAAACCAAACGAUGUGAAUCUUGGAGCUAUAGGUCACCUUAAAAUCAGCAGCAGUGGAAAGAGUGAUGAUAUUAAAUUCGAUGUUGGCGUGGUAGAGAAUACUCAUUUUUACUCGUCGCACGCCGUUAUCUCUAAUUCCAAGGGUACUCUAUUGGAUUACCUAUUGAAGAUCAGCAGAGGGGGUACCCCAAGUGGCCAAUUGAAAUUCGUCCUGAAAGACACAAUCGCUGCUAACGGAGAAUACAAAGUUACAGGAAACGAUGGAAAAGGCAACGGAGUUGUAAUUGUCGAUUUUAAAACGCUACAACGAAAAUUCAAAGCUGAUGUAAGCUUUUUGGCCAAGGAACCCGUGUUUAACGCAAACAUCGACUUAUAUUUGGACUUUGACAAGAACAAAAAUGACAAAAUCUGUUUCUCUACGAAUACCAAGAAAACCGAUAAACUACUGGAAUCCAAAAACAAAUUGGAAUACGGCGGAAAGAACUUCGAACUAAAUAUCCAUUUGGAAGGUAAUUUCGAUUUAACCGGAGCAACUCGUGCCAAAGUGGAAAUCGUUCUGCCCAAUGAAAGGUGUCUGUCUUAUGAAGUUAAUCGCAAUAUAGCCGUCAACAAUGCCGGGCUCUAUAACGGCUUCGCCAAAGUACUGAUCUCGGAUGAAGAGAAACGUGGUGCGGCCGCUUCUACGAUCAAAUACGAAGCUAAAAUACGUGACACGAACAUCGAAAAGCAAAUCAUCAGCUAUGAGGGUCAACUGGAAUUCCAAUUUAAGAAUAAAGGUCAAAGUCAAGACCUUAAAAAUACAUUCAGCCUUAGGAACUUCCCCGAUGGAGACAAAUUAUACAAUUUCGACUUCAAGACUGACGUCAGAGGCAACUUGAUCCCGAAGCCAGCAUCUCUGGUGGCAAGCGUGACAUACGACAGUUCAAUGAGCAUGCUCGAUGAUAAAUACAGGUUCAAGGGUAAUUAUGGUGAUGAUAUCUCGUUCGAGCUGGCUGGUGUACAGGAGAUCAAACUCACGAAGGGCGAAAAGAAAUUCAAUGAUGAUUUCGCAUUGACUAUAAGAUUACCAUUCGAAAAAGCUCACGACAUUAAAUGGGUUUCCACAAUACUCUUCCUUCAACCUGAAGGCAAAGACUUUGUUGAGUAUACCCUGAUAGAGUCAGUGCAGAUCAAUGCGGAUGUAUACAAAAUCGACAUGAACGGCAAGAAAAGUGUUAACGAUGGAACUGGAACCCUCAAGUUCUUGGUCCCUCAUGUUGAUCCAUUCAUAUUGGAUUAUAAAUACAAGAAUGGACUUGAAGGGGAGAAAAAGAGCAACGCAUUCGAAGUGAGAGCGAAAUAUGGCAAAGGCAAAAGUGCUGCAAUAACCUUGGACACUGCGUUCUCGCCACACGAAAACUAUCUCCAGUUCAAAGGGCAAGCUCCCCAGGCCGAGAACCUGAAGAAACUGGAGUUCACUAUAAACUCCAAGAACCCAUCUCCGGACUCAUACAGUAGUACGCUCAUCGUAGAUGCCGAUGGAAGGGUCUACAAAUUGGAGAACAAUGUAGUACUAUCUAAGGCCCAUCCAGUAUUGGACCUCAAAUACUCCAGUCCAAGCUCGAAUAGACCAAGGAAGAUCUACAUCAAGGGCACCUCUCUUAGUUCUACUCAAGGCAAGAUCGAAGUGAACCUACAGGAUAUCAACGGCAUUUGCCUUGAUGCCGUUUCUGAAGGAAACAUCCAGAAGGACAACAUUGCCAUUAAAUUCCAGGGUAACUCCAAGGAAUUGGGCAUGAAAAACUAUAUCGUCGAGAUCAGCAGUAAAGACGCUGGUAGUGGAAAGAGAUUGGAAUUCCAUGCGACUAAUGACAACAAGAACGUAUUGAGUGGAAGUACCUCGUUCAUUAGCAAACAGGAAGGCCAAGGAACUAUCAUAGAAGGUUCUGGAACUGUCAAAGUUAAGGAAGAACAGAAAUCGGCUAACUUCAAGUACAUUCGCACCGUUCUGACCGAGGGCAACGAGAAGGGAGUGGAGACAUUCUUGAAGCUGAGCCUCGGUGAAAGGAGCUAUGCGGCUGAAUCCCGGGUCACGAACCUCGAGUACAAGAACUCUUACAUUUACUGCGAGGAGAAGAAGCAGUGCGCCGCAAUUGAGAUCCAAUCCAAGAUUGAUUUGUCGAAACCCGGAGUUAUCGUCAACGUGGUUAACGCCGGAUUCGAUCUUCGUACGCUUGGCAUCCUACCUGAAAUUGGCUUCCAAAUGCGAGAUGAGGUCUCCGACAAUCGUUUCCCGAGAUUCACUUUAGAUCUUCACGUCAACACCAAGGAGAAGAAGUACCAUCUCAACGCUUAUAAUACACCUGAUUUCGGAAACUAUGGUUCGGGAGUCGUUUUCUAUCUUCCGUCCAGGGUUAUGGCUUUAGAGACCAAAGUAACGUACCCAACCAGCAAUGAUUCUCCGUAUAUAUUCACUGGAGAGGUCUGCCUCGACAUGGAUAAGAAGAAACAGGGCCACAAGACUUCUGCUAGAUACCUCAUCAAUUUCUCCAACUAUAGGAAUGUUCAGGAAUCUAUUAAUGCAGAAAUUGGAUUCUUCCACCCGAGACUUGACAAGGAGGUCGUCAUCAAGUCGAACACAGUCUUCAAGGUCCCAGAAGUAAAUCGAUAUAUUCUCGAAUCAUCAGUCAGCCUCUGUCACUCCUCUCUCGGUGCUGACCGCGUCUCAAAACUGUUGUUAGAUGUUUCACCAACGAAAUUCGUUUUCUUGGCCCAAACACCAUUUGUAAAGGUUAUAGACUUAGAAGGAACAGUGGACGUGCAAAGCAAGGCGAAGACCCAGCAAGCUAAGUUGAGGUUCAAGCUUCUGGAGGGCAAGGAGGUCAGCGUCCAGGCUCUGGCGAAAGACUUCCAGUAUUUCGAGUUCACAACAGGUUAUCUUGAAGAGGCAGACCGCAAGCUCUCUAUCGUCGGUCAUUUGGUCCCGGAAAAGAGAGUAGAUAUAACCGCUGAUAUCAUCCUAUCUGGUGACAAGAAAAACAUCGCCCACGGGGCACUUUUCCUGCAAGAUAACCUGGUUAAAAGCGACUACGGACUAUCCAAAGAAAACUUCAACUAUUUCUUGAACGCUCUGAAAAACGACCUAGACACAUUAGCUGAGCGCAUCAAAGAAAAAAGUGAAAAGGCCGGCCAGGAAAUUUCAACGAUAUCCCAAAAAACAGCUCCUUACUUCAAGAAAAUCGAUGAAGACUUCCGCAGAGAAUGGAGCAAGUUUUACCAGGAAGUCACUGAUGAUAAGACCCUGAAGGAACUAUCGCAUGCUUUCAACGAAAUAGUCCAGUUCUUCGCUAAGAUAUUCGACACCAUCUACAAAGGUACUGAGCCGAUUGUGGAUAGCAUCAUUAACACGUACGUCGAGACAGUCAAGAAGAUUGCGGAAUUAUAUGAGAAACAGCUCGAACCUCAAGUGAGACAGCUAUACGAAACCUUGGCGGCCUUACUCAAGGAGUAUUUAGAUGGCUUGAUCGACCUCGUGGCGCACUUCGCGGCUCUGAUCACAGAUUUCUUCGAAAAACACAAGCCUGAGCUGCAGGAAUUCACGAAUGUGAUCACCGAUAUCUUCAAAGAUCUAACCCGAAUAAUUGUCGCUCAAGUAAAGGAACUUCCUUCUCUGAUAGCGCAGAGCUACAGAAACAUUGUCGAACAAAUUAGCGCGCUGCCUAUAUUGUCUAAUUUGAAAGAGAAGUGGAACGAUCUGGUAGUUCCCGAGAAGAUUCUAGAAGUGACCCAGAUACUGUACAGCAAUAUCCAGAAACUGUUGCCAACGCAAGAAAGCAGAGAUCUGGCCGAAGCGAUCCACUCCUACGUUCAGAAGAAACUCCGUAACCAGAAAUGCGAUGAUGAGAAGGAGCUGCGUGUGGUCUAUCAGAAGUUGAUCACAGCUGUUACAUCUCUCGUCCAGUUCUUGAGGACUCAGCUGAACGAAUUUGGCAUUAUCAACACGACGCCCGACUUUGCGAACUUCUUCGCUGCUCCAAGCUCAAUUAAGUCCGCUCCGUCUCUUGCUGGAGAGGCAACGUGGAGCUUCUUCAAGCAGUUGUACUCCGGUGAUUUCCCUGACAUCCUGGCCCUUCUCAGAGCCUACAGACCUCGUAGCAUAAACCCACUCGACGAAGUGCCGUCUAAGCUCCGCGCUGUUGUUGUGAACGGUCAACACAUCUUCACGUUCGACGGUCGCCACCUAACCUUCCCAGGAAACUGUCGCUACGUAUUGGCGCACGACCACGUUGAUAGAAACUUCACGCUGCUAAUCCAACUUCAAAACGGAAAACCCAAGGCUCUUAUUUUGGAAGAUAAGAGCGGAGCUAUCAUCGAAUUGAAAGAAAAUGGACAGGCUAUUCUGAACGGAGCUUCCAAAGGAUUCCCGAUCAUCGAAAAGGAUGUGUUCGCUUUCCGUCAACCAAGCAACCGAAUCGGUGUUGGCUCAUUGUACGGUCUCAUGGUCUUCUGCACAUCUAAACUUGAGGUGUGCUACAUUGAAGCUAACGGCUUCUACUUGGGUAAACUUCGCGGUCUUCUCGGAGACGGUAACAACGAGCCUUACGAUGACUUCAGGCUACCUAAUGGAAAGAUCUGCACUUCGGAAAGCGAGUUCGGUAACGCGUACCGUCUGGCCCGCAGCUGUCCACAGGUGCAAGCGCCCGAACACUCCCAUCACCAGCUGCACGAUGCAUCCCUCCCCCCCGCCUGCGAACAGGUCUUCGGGGGAAUAUCGCCGCUCAGGACCCUGUCAUUGUUCAUGGACAUGUCGCCUUUCAGACAAGCGUGUAUUCACGCCGUCACAGGCACAGACGCCGCUAAAGAUUUGCACGAAGCUUGUGAUUUGGGACGAGGAAUGGCAGCUCUAGCGCUGACCGGCCUUCUCCCUGCCGUACUUCCGAACGUAUGCGUCAAGUGUACUGAUGCAGAUAAGCCGAGGGACAUCGGAGAUAGCUAUGAAUUCAAAGUUCCCAACAAACAGGCUGAUAUUAUCCUGUCAGUUGAGACAACUGAAUCAAAUGCAAAGACUUACAAGGAUAUCGUGGUACCGCUCGUGUCACAUUUGAUUGACAGUCUAAAGAGUAAACACAUUACUGACGUCAAAGUGUUCCUUGUAGGACACACCUCCAAAUAUCCAUAUCCGAUCUUGUAUGACACUGACCUCAAACUGAAAAACGCCCACGUACACUUCGACGACAAGGAACGCUACAAUAACAUCCCCACCAUCAAGACUGGGUAUGAAUCCUUCGACAAAUACGAGGACCAAAUCAUCAGUAUCAUCAACGACUUGAAAAAUACAUAUGGAUUCAACAACAUCGAAGCCAGCAAGCAAUCGUUGUUCGAUCUUCCUGUCAGACCGGGUGCUAUCAAACACUUGGUCUUCGCUAUUGGUGAACCGUGUAUCGGACGAUGCUUCCUGCUCGACGCAAUCGAGUCAGCCAUUUACGAUGUGAUCUUCAAGAACAUGGCGGUUACGACAUCGCUGAUCACGGCCACACCCGACCUCAAGAUUGGAGGUGGAAAGAAUUUGAAUCAAGUCGUUGGAUUCAGUGAGCAUUCCGUCGUGCUGCUUGGCGAGAAGAAACAAACUAAAGAUUCUGAAACUUUGAGAGGAACGCUCCAGAAGACCGACGAUUCAUGCGUAAACUUUGUUGAAGGCACCGGAGGCUACGUUUUCUCGUCGACCAACUUCGAGAAGUUGAAUGCGCCACAGCAGAAGCAGUUCAUCCAGACGGCCGCCAACACGAUCACGCACAAGCUCCUCAGCGAGCAGCUGUCUCAGCUAUGUACCUGCACCUACGUGGAUCCGUUUAGGGUUCGCUCUGUCUGCGUAAACAAGGAUAAGAAAGACGCUUCGCGCAGGAGGAAGUAGGAGCAUCGUGAAGUCAAGAUCAUCUCAUCUUAAUAUUAUCACACCGUGAGACGUGCGACCGUCCCGCCUCGUUCAUAUGUAAUGGUAUUAAUAAGUAACCACGUCAUAGUAAUAAUAAAAAAAUAUAUUAGUA